AUGGAAGAAUUAAAGAAGUCAGUAGUUCACGAGUACACCAUACUAUAUUCUAACCGCAUAAUACAGAAGGAUAAGAAAUGGAAUGAUGGGAAAUUGAAGUACUAUGAAUUUAACAAUAAGCUAGAGGUUUUUAAUGAAGAUGGAAAUUUGAUCGAAGUUGAUUUCAUAAGUGAAAAAUUUAAACAUAAUUUAGUAGAACGGAAUGAAUUCAAAUUGCCUAAUAAUAGGUUACUCAUAGAAAUAGAUUGCAAACUUUCCAGCUAUAUCAGAGAUGUAUCUGAAUUAUUUAAACGACCUACCAAAGAUGCAGAGUCAUCGUCGUCAAUAAGCAAUAAUGCGAUUUGUAUAACUAAGAUCAAGUCAGAACCGAAUCAGAUCAUACAAGGCAGAGUGAUUAAGCCCAAGAUUUAUCGACCACUCAAACAUGAACCGUUUAAAAAGGUUUUUGAUAAACAAAUAACGAUUAAGCAGGAGCUUCUGCCUAGAAUUAAACAAGAAGCUGUGUCUGUACCUGAACCAUUACCGCAAUCGCCUCAACAUCCAAUAAUUAAACAAGAACCGAUAGAUAACCACAUCGAAGUACUAACGACUGGUUUGGAAGUCCCACGUCAAGAUUUACGAAAGAAUGAAGAACAAAGACUUCCAAGAGUCCAUCCAAGAUCAUCCCGCAUCUUCAAGUAUUUGGCUACAAAUAAGACCUUGUCCACGUCACCCAAUCGUUCUACGUAUUAA